AUGGCUGAAGAUAAUCCUUUUGGGUCUGAGGCAGAAAGUUCACAGGUUCUUUCAUCCUUGAAUUUGUCUGAGGUGGAUGUAAAUCCAAAUCAAAGAUUAAGCUCAGUCUUUUUGAAUGAGUUUAAUUACUUGCCUUGGUCGAGAGCAGUAUCUCUUGCUCUAAAAGGAAGGUCCAAGUUAGGGUUCAUAAAUGGAAGCAUCGAAGUCCCUGAUGCUUCCUCACCAUCUUAUGAAUCCUGGCUUAGCAAGGAUCAGCUGGUUAUGUCGUGGCUCCUAAAUUCUAUGGAACGUAAACUAGCUGAAAUAUUCAGUUACUCUGAAUCAUCAUUCAAGCUAUGGGAGACUGUCAAGGAAAUGUACGGCAGUCAGAACAAUGUUGCACGCGUUUUCCAAUUGAAGAAGGACAUCUCCAACCUGCAACAAGAAGGAAAGCCUUUUGUACAACUUCUAGGUAGCAUGAAGAGCAUGUGGAAUGAGUUGGACAACACAUACUCAUGA